UCGAGCCCGGGGGAGCCUGAGGGCCGCGGGUUGUGCGCGGGGAAGCCGGGUGCACCCAGGGGCCCGGGACGCUGGAGAAAAGGGCCUCCGUGCCUGGCCCAGUUGAAGGGAGGAGGGCGGCGCGGAGGAAGAGCGGUCUUUGCUGGGCCCGGGAGGAGUCGGAGCGUGGUGUGUUGUGGGAACUGAGGGACGGCGGCGUCCGACACCCAGCCCAGGUGAGAGGUGGAGAGCUGGGCCGACCGGGCGGAUCAGGACCAAUCCUAGAGCCUUGUGGUCCCGGAGCCGUAAAAAGUUUUUAGCAGGAAUAAAAUGGAAGGAGAGUCAAACAGAUUUGAGAAUUAUACUCCAGUUUUUGACAAGAAGAACAAAAAGUACUUUGCAUAUAAGGAAAGACCCCAGAAACAUGCCCAUGAAAGUUUCAGAAUCUCCUCUCUGGAAGGUGACCAGCUUCAAAUAACUAAGAGUAAGAAGAAAAAAGAUUUCCAGCUUCUAAUUUCUUCUCCUUUGAAAAAACCAGAAAUCUGUGAUCAGACUAAAAAGGCUACUUCUACAAACAAGAAGAAGAAAAAGAGGAGAAAGAGUGCUCUGGGGGUAGACCGGGAAACAGGGGUUGCUUAUGUCCUCGUGGAUAAAGAAAACAUUGAGAACACGCCCAAGAACUUGGGGAGAGACAUGGAUGUCGUCUACGUAGAUAUCAGCAGAGAGCAAAACUCAGCAGAAGGGUGUGUGGUGGGUGAGCACGCGACCACUGAGUCUCCUAAAGGUGGGCCAGAGGAGCCGUGGAGCGGAGCCAGGGGGAGAAAGAGUCGGAGCCAGCCGGGGGGAGUCGCAGCACCUGAGGGCCCUCGAGGGGGCAAUGUCCUGCCCCAGCUGGAGUCACCGGCUCAGCCACCCUUGUUUUCUCUGAGCCUUGAAGGGGAAAUCGCAGAACCACCAGUGUCCACUGGUAAAAAGAAGUCUAAGAAAAAAAAAAGGAAAAGGUCCAGCGUGCAGGAAUGGGAGGCCUCAGCGGGGCCUGGGGAUCUAGCUCACCAUCCCCCCAAAGAACCUCAGGUGGCCAUUGAAGCAGAGGCUGGAGAAGGCAGUGACACACUAAAGAGGGUGAGAAGGUCCAGUGCUGUGAAGAAGGCCAAGAGGAGGAGGCACGUCUCCACGGAAAGCCCUGUGGAGUCUGGUGGUUCUUCAGCACUGGAUGAAAACUCUGGGAACACGCGCUCUGGUUCACCGGAUUGCGAAAGCACCAUGAUGGAAGAAAGGGUGACAGUCCGGCCCCUAGAGGGGAGAGCCCAGGCCGCGCAGGGGGAGAAGCAGGUGCCAGAGACACAGAGGUUAAACCCUGCAGUUGAGGAAGAGCAUGGCUUGGCAUUGCCUGGGGAUUCCACAGCAAGACGUUUAUCUGAAGAGCAGAGAGAGUCUGGUGACUCAGAUGUGGACUUGGAUUCCGCCGUGAGGCAGCUCCAGGAGUUCAUUCCUGACAUAAAGGACAGGGCUGCCACUACCAUCAAGCGGAUGUACCGUGACGACUUGGGACGGUUUAAAGAAUUUAAAGCUCAGGGUGUUGCUAUUAGAUUUGGCAAAUUUUCUGCAAAGGAAAAUAAGCAGAUAGAGAAAAAUGUGCAAGAAUUUCUGUCUCUGACAGGAAUUGAAAAUGCGGACAAGCUGCUAUACACAGACAGAUACCCAGAGGAGAAGUCUGCCAUUACUGAAUUGAAAAGAAAGCAUGCGUUUAGGGUGCACAUUGGUAAGGGCAUUGCUCGGCCCUGGAAACUCGUAUACUAUCGAGCAAAAAAGAUGUUUGACGUCAAUAAUUACAAAGGCAGGUAUAGCCAAGGAGAUACGGAGAAGUUGAAGGCAUACCAUUCCCUCCACGGGAACGACUGGAAAAAGAUUGGAGCCAUGGUGGCCCGAAGCAGCCUCUCGGUUGCCCUGAAGUUCUCCCAGAUCAGCAGUCAAAGAAAUCACGGUGCUUGGAAUAAGACGGAAACACGGAGGCUCAUCAAGGCUGUUGAAGAGGUGAUUUUAAAGAAAAUGUCUCCCCAGGAGAUGGAAGAGAUGGAUUCACAGCUCCAAGAGAAUCCUGAAGGUCGCCUGUCAAUCGUCCGGGAAAAACUCUACAAGGGCAUAUCCUGGGUGGAAGUGGAAGCUAAAGUGGAAACCAGAAAUUGGAUGCAGUGCAAAAGUAAGUGGACGGAAAUUCUGACCAAGAGGAUGACUAAUGGUGGGUUUGUGUAUCGUGGAGUGAACGCGCUGCAGGCCAAAAUCAACCUUAUUGAAAGGUUAUAUGAAAUAAAUGUGGAAGACGCCAAUGAAAUAGAUUGGGAAGAUCUUGCUAGUGCCAUAGGCGAUGUGCCUCCAUCUUAUGUUCAAACUAAGUUUUAUAAGCUGAAGGCGGCCUGUGUUCCCUUUUGGCAGAGAAAGACGUUUCCAGAGAUCAUCGACUACCUUUACAAGACUAGUCUACCUGUGCUUAAAGAAAAGUUAAAAAAGAAGAUGGCGAGAAAAGGGACCAGAAUCCAGACUCCCACAGCACCCAAGCAGGUUUUCCUAUUUAGAGAUAUCUUUCAUUCUGAAGAUGAUAGUGAAGAAGAAGACACAGAAGAACAAAGUUAAGCAGAGGUUACCAUUUCUUUUCCAUUUUUGUUAGUUUGUCUUAAUUUGUACACAUGUUAACAUGUUAGCUUUCCAUUACUCUAACAAAAUAUCUGAGACAGUCGGCCCUGUAAAGAGAAAAGGUCUGUUCUGGCUCCACAGUUUUGGAGGCUCCACUCCAUGAUCAGUUGGUCCUGUUGCCUUGGUCUGUGGUGAGGCAGCACAGCAUGGCUGGAGUGCACGGCAGAGCAGAACUGGUCACCUCGUGGCCAGGAAGCAAAAGAGGAGGAGGUGGGGGGGGGGAGGCCCCACCCUGGAGACCUUGCACCAGGCCCCUCAUCUUAAAGGUCCUGCUACUUCCUGGCAACAGCACUCCGGGAACCAAGCUUUUAGCACGUAUGGGGGGCCAUUGCUGAGCUAUCUGAAUAGCCUCUACUCGGCCUUGAAGCCAAGGAGAUUUUGGUUUGGCAUUAAAAGUCAUUUUGAGGCUUCUCCCACUUAAUGGAUUACACACAGCAUGUGGUAAGCUCAGUCUUCACUGGGCUAGAGAGGCUGCUCUUUAGCUCCGGGCUUGGGCAUUACCCAUUGGGCUUGGACAGCCCCCCUCCUACCUUAUUUGGCAAAAGAACAUUCCAUUGAAAUCCUUUGCAGCCCCCUUGUAUAAAUAAAGCAAACGUGGGCUCUUCUCUCUCUCUUCCCACUGUGGAGGCAGGACCCCUGAGGUUGCAGAGCCAUCCCGCCCUCGCUCUUUGAAAAUUAUUUUCUGUGCUGGGUGGUUUUUCGCUAUAUUUCUCAGCCAGCUUACCUCACAUGGAGGGAAACUCAAAAAUUAUAGUCCGUCCAGGACCAGGAUGUGGGCCAGAAACCCGUGCACCUUUGAGGGACAUUUGGCAUCCAAACUAUAGCACUUAGUAAAGUUCUUUUCGGCAGUGAUGUUUACAAUGGCCGGAGCAGGUGAUGGCGUCUAUUGUGGAGCAUGAGAAACUUACUAACAUUCCUAUGAAAGUGCUGUUAUGUGGAGAGGAGCAUGCCCAUGGGGCUGCAGAGCAGUAGAGGGGAGGGCUCACCCGUGGUGCUGGCUGUGUGGGUGCACGGCACACUCAGCACCGAGACACAUGCCACUCUGCACUCUGUUCCUCCAGGGCUCAGGUGCAGUUCGUUCCUGGUGCAGAAAGGCGAGAGGUGGAUGUGUGGAUCUUCUCUUCCUCCAGCUGGUGUGUGUCACUGCUUGCACACCCCGUCUGCCUAGACUCUAGUGUCUGUGAAUGGUACUCCUCAUAUAGCUGUCUUCUGAAAGCUGGAUACUGCGUUCAUGUGGUAUCCAGCUGAACAAAAAGAGGAGCAGCAGUUUCUUCUGUCGUUGAUUGAAAGCCUGGCUCUGAGGCUUGUCGGAAGCCUCAGGACAACUCCUGCUGGGUUUUCAAGGGUAAUUUUAAUGACAGGCUUUUCUGUCAUUCAGGAAAGCAAAACAGAGAAUUUGUUGGGCUUUAGGUUAUAGAGGUUGUUAAAUGGGAUGAAGGAGCCAGCGUGGGGAGGGGGCGUUGGAUUAUCCAGAGUUUGAGACUAUACAGGUAGCUGUUGUAGCCCCUGCAUGGGACACUGAUGCCCCCUUUGCCUCCCAGCAGCUCCAUGAACCCCUGGCUGUCCACUGCUGCUGCCCUCACGGCAGCCUGUGCACAUGUCCCUUCGCCAACAUGUGCCUCUAUAGGAACAUGUGUCUCUAUGCUAUAUAAGGGCUUCUGCCUCCUCCUGCCUUCUAGUCUCCGAGUGCCUUGUGUGGGCCGCCCCUUAGCAGAACCCUGCAACAAGGGCAUCUGGGCCACCUGAACAGGGGAAGAAAGUGGCUAAACAUGGGCCGUCAGUGCGGAGCAUGGCUCCACUGUGUCCUCAGGGCUGAGUGGUUCACGCAGCACUUGUCAGGUAAGCACUGUGCCACUGAGCCACACCCCAGCAGAAUAUGCAGAGAAUUCUGGGUGUGUGUUGCUGGGGAUCCAGCCCAGGGCCUGUGGAUGCCAGACACAUGCUACAGCACUGUGUGUAGCACCCCUGACUGGUUACUAGGCUACAGUGCCUAUGCCCAGACCUGCCACCUGGGGAGACGGAAGAACUCAAAGAGGGGUGAGAGCUUUAUUCACCACUGUAUCCACAGCACCUGUCACAGUGUCAUGCAAAAAAUGGACACACAAUAAAUAUUAACUAAAUGAAUAUUGUCUUAGUGAGAAUCUCUCCUGUGGUCAGCUCCUAUCCCUAGACAUGCUAGUCUCCAUGCUGAUGGGACAAUAAAUGCUGUAUUCCUUUUGGAGGACAAUUUGGUAAGACUCAUCAGAGCCUGAAGAAUGUACAUGUUCUAUGACCAGCAAUUUUUAAGAAUUUGUCCUGUAAUAUAGUAGGAAAUGUAAAUAUUUGUAAUAGGAAACUUGUUAAAUUAUGGUAUAUCCCUAGAAUAUUGCACAGUGUUUAGAAAUGAUAAUAACAGGUUUGAUUGAUGUGAAAUAUUUCAGAAGAGUAUAUAUAUUUUCUUCAAUUUUGUAAAAGUAAAAAAAUUAAGGAAAUUGUGUAUGUAGAAGCAUUAAAGUGAAUGAAAUGAACCCAA